GACUGGGCAGAAUGCGAGGCCGUUGGGGCGCAGAAUUUACACGACGGAUGGUGGGAGAAAAAGGAUGCGCAUGCGUGGUGCGUCCGCGGAAGGCUAGGCUCGGAGAGAAACGCAGGAAAGGGAUACUAGGCCCCGGCCACUUCGAGGAGACGGAGAGAACUGCGACGAAUGGAAGGGAUUAGAUAGUCGAAGGCGGAGUUACAAAGACCCUGAAAGAAUUUCAGGUCUGGUGUCCUUUCUGGAAAGGACACGCACAUGAUGCUUGAAGUCCCAAGCAGUGGAGGUUCUUGGCAAGCCUUGUCCUAGGCUCCGGUGCUCAGUCCUCUACGUAGACCGCACCCGUGGGAGACAUGGCCGAGGUGCUGUUGGCCAUCUUCAUCAUGGUUUGUUCAGGAUCCUGUGCUCUCUGGGUGUCUCAGCCCCCUGAGAUUCGUGCGCAGGAGGGCACGACUGCCUCCCUGCCCUGCUUCUUCAAUGCCAGCCGAGGAAAAGCGGCCAUUGGCUCUGUCACAUGGUACCAAGACAAGGCAGCCCCGGGGAAGGAGCUGAGCACUGGGACCCCAGGGUUCAGGGGCCGCUUGGCCUCUUUUUCUGUUUCCCAGUUCAUGAGGGACCACAAGGCAGGGCUGCUCAUACGUGACGCCCAAAGCCAUGAUGCCGGGAUCUAUGUGUGCAGGGUGGAGGUGCUGGGCCUGGGCGUCGGAACGGGAAACGGGACUCGGCUGCGGGUGGAGAAAGGGCCUGCUCACCAAGCCUCCACCACAGAGCAGGCGGCCCACAUCAGCAUCCUCCUCCGGGCUGGAAUCUACGCCCUCAGCUUUCUCUCUGGCACGGGCAGUACCAUCUAUUACCAGGGCAAAUGUCCCUGUCACGUGGAGAACACGGUCACACCUCCCACAGCCUCGAAGGAGCCAUUCUAAAUCCCGGUGAUCCAGCACUCUCAAGAGGCCAGCAAUACAUUUGAAAUGUAAAUAAAAAAAAUAUAUCGAAUAAAAAAAAAAAGCCAGCAAUAAAUCCUU